GUGCGAGAACGCUGGAUGCUCCAUUCAUUUCCGACACGAUGCCGCUAGCAGAGGGCAUCAUCGGCGAACUCGGAGAAAUCCUCGUCGAUGUUGGGGCGACGGUUGAGGAGAACGACGUUGUAGCAGUGAUAGAGACGGAGAAGGCCGCGAUCAACGUAAAGGCGAACUGCUCCGGGGUGAUUGGCGCUGUGCUCGUGGAGUUGGACGAGGAGAUAAAGGAGGAAAUGCCCAUGUUCGAGCUGCAGUGAGUUCUUGGCGGUGUGUGUGGGCUUGUCCCUGCGCUUAGCAGCGGAAAGGACGCCGGCCGUGAUGUACUCUUAGCUGCGAUAGGAACAUGUGCGCGGCUUAGCGUACCAGGGACUUGUGGCGGGGUGCAUGGCAUGUGUGUGCGCGCCUGGUGUGCGCCUCUGAGAUGCAUAUGUGCGAAAGUGAGUUAGUUGACGACGAGACGGCAAAAAA